AUGCAAAAAUAUUUCGGUCGUAAAGGCUGGAACAUUCUUGACGCGAACCUCCCAAAGGAGGAGGAAAUCGAACAUUUAGAGGUGAGCGGUUCCAACUACACUUCCGAAAAAGGGCAGCGAGAGUGUUCCGACAGCGACGCAUUUCCAGAGCUUGAUGAAACAGAACCUCACCUUCUGAACAAAUACUAUCCAGUCCAAGAAAGAAAACUUAUGGAGCUAUUUUAUCUCAACCUUUGUGGCUGCGAUAACACCGGAGGAACAGUGCGCCUUCUCAACUCGGGGUCCGCCCCCAUCAUAGAAUAUGUCUCGAAGGACGCAACAUCAGUCAAGAGGUGGGAGGAGCAGGAAAAGCUAGGCUUUAGACCGAAUGAUAAGCUAUACAGUGGUAAUGCGAUUGCCUGUGCCGCCGCCCUCACAACUGGAGCACGAAUGAAUAAAAUUCAGAAAUGGGCAGAAGAGGCAAAUGUAGCUGUGCCUUCAAAAUCGGCAUUUUAUCGUAUUUUUGAUGAUUUGGCUACCUCCAUAGACAUAGUCUAUGAGAAACAUCAGAAAAACGUCAUCCAAAAAAUCCGCGCGGCGUAUGAGAAUGAUGGGGUACUUACUGCAUGGAAUAUCGCCAUCGACGGCGCAUUCGAUUCACGCGGAUUCACUGCCAAGAUAUGCAGGGUAUUGGCUGUCGACCUUCAAACAAGCCUCUGCAUACACACGGAGGUUGUUCUUUGCUCGGAAACAGAUUAG